AGCAAAACUUCCGCGAAAGAGGAAGAAAGUCAGGAACAGGGCGAUCUCUGUUUCUGGAGGAGGAGGAGGAGGAGGAGGGAGGAAGGAUCCAAGGACCCCAAAAGGGGCUUCCCUGGUAGAGGGAGCAGAAGGCCCUGGAUGAACUGGUGAACUGCCUUGUGAAUUGCAAUCAUGUCCUUGGUUGACAUCCAGAUGAGUUCAGCAGACCUUUUGCAAAAAGAGCAGCUGGACGCUGGUGGUUUUGGAAUGGUUUCAUUGUGUUACCACAAGAGUCAUGGACUUGUGAUCUUAAAAACAGUGUACACAGGACCUCAACGCACUGACUGUAACACUUCUCUUCUAGAAGAGGGCAGGAUUAUGCAGAAAUUAAAUCAUGACCGUGUGGUCAAACUACUGGGUGUCGUUCUGGAAGAUGGGAACUACUCCCUUGUGAUGGAAUACGUACGCAAAGGAAACCUGAUGUCAGUACUAAAGGCGACUCCUAUUCCUUUGCCGUUGAAAGGACGCUUCAUCUUGGAGAUAAUUGAAGGGAUGCUUUAUUUAACUGGGCAGGGUUUAGUACACAAAGACCUCAAACCAGAGAACAUCCUUGUAGAUGAAGACUUUCAUAUCAAGAUAGCAGACCUUGGUGUGGCCUGUUUCAAAAACUGGAGAAAGCUGACUAAAGAAGAGACCAGCCGACAGAGAAAGAUCAAGAGCAAUGCUGGCUCCAAAAGUAAUGCUGGAACCCUUUUCUACAUGGCACCAGAGCACUUGCGAGACAUCAACACUACACCUGUGGAAAAAUCAGAUGUCUACAGUUUUGGCAUUGUAUUAUGGGCCAUUUUUGCCUGCAAAGAGCCUUAUGAAAAUGCUGUAAAUGACAUGCACGUCUGCUUCUGUAUCAUGAAUGGGGCCAGGCCACUUAAAAAAGAGGUAGAGGAAGAUUGUCCAAAUGAAAUAAUUACUUUAAUGGAACAAUCCUGGAAACAAGAACCAGAGAAACGCCCAACUUUUGCAGAAAUCAAUGCAACAUAUAAGCCAUUUUACCAGGAAAAGUAUGAAAAGUAUGUUGAAGAUGAUGUGAAAAAGAUAAAAGAAGUGUACCCUGAGCCAAUUGAACUUGUAAAAAGAAUGGAGUCUCUCCAAAUAGAUGCUGUAGCAGAAUCACCAAGCAAUAGUGCCCAAACUGAUCUCCCUGGUUCACUACAUAGCUCUCAGCAUCUUGAAGCCAACAUUAUGGAUGAAGCCUUGUUCGCUGCUUGUCCAGAGAAUGAACCUGUGGAGAGUUGUGAAAAUGCCUUUGAUCCUCCUGUGACAUUAGAAAGAAAACUGCAAGAUGAGCUGAAUUACCACGUAUAUGGCAGCCGGAUGGACAAACCGGAGAGCCGUCCUGCAACAUACAGUGCCACUUCGUGGGAUGAAGAGAGGAGGAAGAAGGUGUCUUAUGAUCCAUUUGCAAAAGUGCCCACUGCCCCCCGGGCACAAGAGUCAUAUGUAAAAGCAGGAAAUGCUGGCUCCAGCACCAGUCGUACUAAUGCCUUUGCACCCCUUUACCACGCUCCUCCACAGUCAACACUGACUGGAACAACUCCAGAAAAUGGAAAUACAUUAUUGGGUACAAUGAAUCUUUAUGAGGCAAGGCCUGCAAAUCUCAGACCAUCACACAGUGCUGAAGAUCAAUACAGAAUGCAGCCAACCAGUUCCUUCAAUUUCAGUAAACCGCCUGUACCAGAAUCUGGAAUAGAUCGUCCUCCUAAGGCCCUUGACUCUUACCAUAGUGUUCUCAGAAGUCUAACUGGUGGAACCAGUCCUGUGGAAUCAAAUCCAUUUAUGAAGAGGAAUUUUGCACAUACUCCUACAUACAAGCAUAGUACAGGAGAACCUCAACAUUACAAUAUAUAUAACAGCAGUGGGAUUCAAAUAGGCUCUUACAAUUACUUGGAAAUUAAAGAUCAGAAACUCCAGGUACCUAGUCCUCCAGCAUAUCCUCAAUAUAAUGAUGCAGACUACAUGAAGCUGUAUGAGAGCACUGUUCUUGUUUCUGAUACACAUCUCAACAUUGUAAGGGACAACUUGGCAAAGCAUUGGAAACACUGUGCCCGUAAACUGGGUUUCAGUGAUCCCGAGUUGGAUGAAAUCGACCACGACUACGAACGAGAUGGACUCAAAGAAAAAGUUUACCAGAUGUUCCAGAGGUGGAUAAUGAGACAAGGCAGCAAAGGAGCUACUGUGGGGAAGCUGGCCAUAGCUCUCCAUGCAUGCCAGAGGAUAGACCUCCUUAACAGUCUUGUAAAAAUAAACCAGGAAUCUGAAGCGAAUAAGAAAUGAGAAACAGCAUGUGAAUUCUGCUAUUUGGAAGUUAAUAUUUCUGUAACUAAUAUGUGGACACUUUUGCUUUUCAUUGCCAUUAAGAAAUGCUCUGGAAGCUGCCAGGUCGUCACCUUGAUGUUGCCAAAAUAAUGAUUAAAAAGUUAUUAUUGUUCCAGCUAGGCUUAUGUGAGGUUUUUAACACCACACGUUCUCUAGAACAAUUCCAAUAAAUUUUUAAAAAUAUAUGUACUUUGGAACAUGUUCUCAAAUUGUUAAUGAGUUUGUACAUUUUUAAUAAAAAACAAUAUAAAAGGAAA